AUGCCUCCUUUCCUUCUCCCGUCGCCUUGAGAGAAGAAGAAGGAAAAAAAAAAAAAUCUAAAAUCCAAAUUCCAAUAAAACAGAACAAAAAUGGAGUCUUUUGAAUCCAACUUGAUCAAAGAAGAUCAGCAAAUCACCAACACUCACAUCACCAAUAACGCAGAUCACGGCUGGCAAAAGGUCAUCUACUCCAAGCGCCAGAGGAAGCAGAAGCCCACGGAUUCUGACUCCUCGGCUGCGAAUGCCGGAAAAAUCAAUGGAACUGCCGUCCCCAACGACAAGUCUAACGUCUUCCGCUCCUUGGAGCAGCAAUCUGAAGAGCGCCGCCGCCGAAUCAUUGAGUCUCAGAGAGAUGCAAUUGCCGCCGUUGAGGCUCCGGUGAGAUCGAAGCAUCGAUCUGACGAUGAGGACGAAAAUGAGGAUGAUAGCGACGAUGCUGCGCCUUCCAAAGGAAAUGAGAAGAUGGAAGAGAAGAAGGUGAAGCAGAAGAAACCGAAAAAACCGAAGGUGACUUUGGCAGAAGCCGCCGCGAAGAUUGAUUCGGCGGAUCUCGCCGCUUUUCUUGCUGAUAUAUCGGCAUCGUAUGAGGAGCAGCAGGAGAUACUGCUAAUGAGGUUUGCUGAUUACUUUGGGAGAGCGUUUUCUGCGGUGAGUUCGGCCCAGUUUCCAUGGGUGAAGUUGUUCCGGGAGAAUACAGUGUCGAAAAUGACCGAUAUCCCCCUGUCUCACAUUUCUGACGCUGUUUAUAAAACAUCAGUAGACUGGAUUAACCAACGUUCCAUUGAGGCACUUGGUUCCUUUGUAUUGUGGUCUUUGGAUAGCAUUCUUGCAGACUUAGCAAGCCAGCAAGUUGGUUCAAAAGCUGCUAAAAAGGGUGUGCAACAUGUAUCGUCAAAAUCACAGGUUGCUAUCUUUGUGGUCCUAGCAAUGGUUUUGCGACGAAAGCCUGAUGCUUUACUUAAUGUAUUGCCAACAUUGAGGGAAAGUUCAAAGUAUCAAGGACAAGACAAGCUUCCUAUCGUUGCAUGGAUGAUAGCCCAGGUCUGUCAAGGAGAUUUGACUGUAGGGUUGUACUCAUGGGCACAUAGCCUCUUGCCAAUAGUGAGCAGCAAAAGUUCUAAUCCACAGUCGAGGGAUAUAAUUUUGCAGCUAGUAGAAAAAAUUUUGUCUUCCACAAAGGCUCGUACAAUUUUAGUGAGUGGUGCUGUUAGAAAGGGGGAGCGCUUGGUGCCACCUUUUGCAUUUGAGAUACUAUUGCGAGUUACCUUCCCUGCAUCUUCAGCUACAGUAAAGGCUACUGAGAGGUUUAAGGCAGUAUAUCCCACUCUAAGAGAGGUGGCUCUGGCUGGCUCUACAGGAAGCAAAGCAAUGAAACAAGUAUCAUUGCAGAUACUAAGUUUUGCUAUUAAAGCAGCAGGAGAAACAGGCAAUCCUGAGUUAUCUAAGGAAGCAGCUGGCAUUUGUAUCUGGUGUUUGACCCAGAAUGCUGAAUGCUACAAGCAUUGGGACAAGGUUUACCAAGAGAAUCUAGAGGCUAGCAUUGCCAUUCUUAAAAAACUUUCUGAGGAGUGGAAGGAGGUCUCUGUGAAACUGGCUUCUCUUGACCCACUGAGGGAAACUAUAAAGAAUUUCAGGCAGAAGAAUGAGAAAGCACUGGCAAAGACAGAAUAUGCUGCUCACCAUGCAUUCUAUAGGGAUGCUGACAAAUACUGCAAGUUGAUAUUGGGAAAGUUAUCCCAUGGCCAUUGUUGCGCAAAAAGUUUGGCUUUUGCUGUCAUUGCUCUGGCUGUUGGUGCUGUCUUCCUUUCCCCGAAUAUGGAGUCCUUGGAUUGGAAGAAACUGGUUGUAGUUGUCAACUCCCAAUUCUCUCCCUGAGUUGGAUGUUCCUAGUGAUACCAUCGACCAUUAGGAUAGUAGUUUUUUUCUUAAAUUUUAUAUUUCUGAUUCUGACUAAGAGAAAAGGGAAAAAUUUUCAGUUUGAUAUUAGGGUCUCAUUUGGUGAUUCACAUACAGUACGAGAAACAUAGGCUGUUACAUUCUUUGAGAAAAGCAUGCAGUGUCCAAGGAAAAAAUAAGGAUGAGGAAAACCAUUUGGUAUAUUGUUGUUUAUUUCUACCAAGAAUAUCAAAAAAUAGUUUGAUUUGAGCU